AUGCUCGACUGGGUCAUCAUCUUAAUUACCACGCUUUAUGUGGUUUCAGUAGCAGCUACACCGCCGGCAUGCUUUCUCUCGUGCAUCAAUGAAGCAGCCCGUAACUGUCCACGAAAGCACUCAGAUUUGAGGUGUCUUUGUAGAUCUCAGGAUAUACUUAUAGGCUGCUUUGUGGAUAUUUGCCCAUAUGGCAACUUUGAAAGUGCCCGGGACCAUUUCUUGGGCACAUGUAUGGAACACCAAGUUCCCAAAGAUGCUACAACAAUCCAGUCGUCAACAAUGCCUUCUGUGAUAGUUCCGUCUGUGUCUGUAAAUCUUGAUCUACUAGACCAACCAGAGAACUUCAGAAAAUUAAUCUUGGUUGACUCGUCAAGUGAUCCACCAGCGUCUAUUACUCCGGAGUUGUUCAACCCAAUUUCGUCUCCAAUGUCUUCCAACCGAGAUUUUCCACCCUUUGCGACCUCGUCAUCAUUGACAACUUCACCGAAGCUCGCCGAGCCCAAACCACGCAGAAAAGGUAAAAAAGAACUCAUGUAA